GUACUGCAUGCGCUGCGAGAUAAUACUUGGCUCCAUUUUUCGUGUCAUGGGACACAAACAUAUGAUGACCCCUUCAAUUCUGCCUUUCUCAUGCGAGACCAGCCGCUUUCGCUCCUUAAUAUCACACAAACAGAUCUGUCUCGGCAUGAACUUGCAUUUCUUUCUGCCUGUGAUGCCGCACUCGGUGACCAUAAUACUCCUGACGAAGUAAUACACCUAGCGGCUGGCCUGCAAUUCGCUGGGGUUAAGAGCGUCGUUGGGACAUUAUGGAAGGUCGACGAUAGCACUGUGCAGCGCUUAGUCGAGGCAUUCUACAAAAACUUUUGCGGGAAUGACAAGAUGAAUUCCAAGCGAGCUGCCCGAGCGUUGCAUAAAGCGGUCCAGUCACUGGCUUGCGACAAGGACAUGCCCUUGGAACAGCGCGUAGUGUUCAUGCAUAUUGACAUAUGA